CGUAAUUAUAUAUAUGACAUAAUAUUUUGUCGUGGCUACACUGACGCUUAACCUUAAAUUAUCAUGUGGCCGUAAAUCGUCGUCAAACCAUAACAGUGUCGAUUUGUUUUCUACCGAUGUAUUAGAUCUUUUUCUACUCUCAUCUUUUUCUCGGUAAGUGUGUGUGGAAUUCAUCCAUUUCAAUCCAGCGAUAUCUCUUUGUAAUUAUUUCAAAACUAUUAUUGUUCGAUUCGCUGUAAUAUAUUUAAUUCAUAUAUGUAUUACAAUUAUCAAUAAUUAAUUUAUAAUUUUUUUCUGUUUUAUAGACCCAAUCAUGGGUAGGUACGCUAAAGAACCGAAAAAUCCAACCAAGUCCUGUAAGGCAAGGGGCUCUAAUUUAAGAGUUCAUUUUAAGGUACGUCGAUCAAUUUAUAUUCAUUAAAUGCUUAAUGCUUUGUAUUUAAUUGCUGAAUAAAAUGAUUGUAGAACACAAGGGAGACAGCCAAGACUAUCAAGAAGAUGCCUCUCCGCCGUGCUGUACAAUACUUGAAAAAUAUUAAGGACAAGAAAGAAUGUGUACCUUUCAGAAGGUUCAAUGGUGGUGUUGGUCGAUGUGCUCAAGUAUGUAUUACUUGCAUUGAACUAAUAAUACCCGAUUUUAUUAAAAUAAACUUGGAUUGUUUGUAGGCCAAACAGUGGGGCCUGACUCAGGGUCGCUGGCCAGAGAAGUCUGCCGACUUCUUGUUGCAACUGUUGAGAAAUGCCGAAUCUAAUGCAGACAUCAAAGGUCUUGACAUUGAUCGCUUAUUUGUUGAACACAUCCAAGUAAAUCGUGCCCCUUGUCUGAGGAGACGUACUUACCGUGCUCAUGGUCGUAUUAACCGUAAGUUUAAUUUCCUUAUUAAAUAUCUAAUAAGUUAAUUUAUUAGUUUUAUUAUUAUUUUAUGUAAUAUUGAUGACUAAGCUUAUAAGUAAAAUUAAUUUUAUAAUUCAUUACAGUCUUAACAACUCUGCGAAUGUUAAUUAAUCUCUCUGCUUUACAAGUCUUAUGUGAGAUAUUUAAUUGUAAAACAUAGGAUAUUAUAUUUACUUGACAGUAAAGCCAAAACUUAAAAAAUACAUUUCUACACCAAUUUAUUUUUUACUAAAAUAUAGUUUAAAUUUUCUCAUAUUCAGUAGAAUUGACAAUUUUUUAUGAUAACAUAAAUAUUCAUAUUUUGUUAUUAAACAUUAGUCAAGGCUUUCAGAAUUGUACGAGUUAAAUGUUUUAUAUUUAACACUAUUAUUAUAUAUGGCUGAAUUCUAAACUGUUCAGUUUUUCUUCUGAUGACAACUUAAUAAUUGUUUUUGUGUAAAAUACUAAUUUUGGUUGCUAUGUGUAGACAGUUAAAACAAAAAAAAUUGUUUUGUUAUUAUGAUAUUAAAAAAUUGCCUAUUAGAAAACAAUUUUAACAAUUUCUUACCUAUGGAGCUUGUUUAUCAUUGCUUACAGGUAUAUAUUAAAUUACCCAUAGCAGUGGCGGCAUCUUUUUAACUUUUCAACUGUGGUCAAUUUUCAUCAUACUAUUUUUACUUUUAAAAUAUAUUAAUAGAUCUUUACAUUUUUUAUUGUUCAAAAAAUAUCUUGUGCUUUAAUACAUUUAGUACCAUUUUUUUUUAAUAUUUGAUAAGCUUUGGUCAUUGAAGCUGCAUUGUGUGUUAGAAUAACCUUGUUUUUAAUAUUCCAUUCUUGAAUUGCCAAUUUUCAUUUUUCAUUUGCAAUAUUGUCACUUAUGUGGUUAUUUUCUAUUUUGUUGGUGAGCAGAGCUGUUUAAUGCACUACAAAAAAAUUAGCAAAUUUAAAAUGUCUUUAAAUAACUCAAAAAUGGAAUAUACAUCAACAAAAUGACAAGAUUAACCAGUAUAUGACUUGAUACCAUAAAUAAAGCACAUGUAAAAUAUUAAUAUAUUAAUAUUUAAUUUUUUUAUCUCACUGUAAAUCUACUGAGUAUCUUGUACCUAGGAUAAAUAUGUUUAACACUACUGGCACUGUCAUAAAUAUUUUGUAUGUGAAAAUAUGUUGCUACUGUUGGUUGAUUACUUUCGAAUGGAGAAUCUACAUUAUCUUCUUCACUUGAUGUAAUGAAUUGUAAUUCUGGGUGCAUUCUCGUAAGGUGAUCCUUAAAAUUACUAGUAUUCUAAUGGGUUUUACAUUCUUUUUGACAGUUUUGGCGUUUUUUUUUUAUUAUUAUCAUUAUUGCUUCUUGUGAAAUAUGACCAAACAUUAGAAACUACUUUUUGUUACCCAUUUUAAAAUAAUAAUAAUAAUAAUAGAAAAAAAAUAUGUGGCUUAAAUAAUAUUAUAAAAGUGUUAUUUUAUAAACGAUAAAACAAACAAUUUAAAUUAUUGAUAAAUCUAUUAAGUUUUGAGUAUUGCUUAUUUCCUGCAAAAAAACCUUGAUAAAUGAUAAUAAAAUGUAAUAAUGAUUUUAAAACUAACGAUAGUAGUUUACAAACUAUGAUGAUAUCUAAUGAUCAAAAUUAUCUAUAGUUACCCAUCACUAACUGUUAAUUGGACUAAGCAUUUGGGUCUGUCGCUAUUCUCUUAAUAAACUGUCACAGAUACUUGUACAAGUUAGUGUACUGUGUCCUAAGAAAAUUAAAUUGUACUAGAAAAUUUGUUAAAAACUAUAAUAUUAAAUGUAAUACAGUUUAAUCUUGCUUUUUUUAUGAUGGCAAUAUACUUUUAUACUAUGAAUCACUAUUAAUAAGUCAUUCAUAUAUUAUAGUUGUGCCGUAAUUUUUUAAGAUAAACCAUUAUUUUAAUAAUUUGUCUAUCCUACACGAUAAAUUAAAUUACAUUUUUGCAUAACCUAAGUGUAAAUAAAUAUUAAAUUGUACUAAAAUUUCAAGUUAUUAACUAAAUUUAUUUUAAUUCUGAAUUGUGCCCAACAAUAAUGGCAAACAACAAUAUUUCUUGGGCUCAAGUCCAAAAAUAUAAGAUUUUAAUUUUAUGAUACUAUAGGAUUUGGACUAUAUCAAUAUUCUUUUGUCAAAUACCAUUGGAAAUUGUAAUUGUUCUUCUUUUGGUUGGUAUACAGAUUUUAUAGAGUGUCUAAGUACAUAAAUGCAAAGAUAAUUGUUCACAUACAUAAUGAAUUGUAAUUCAAUUUUAUUAUCGGUUAUUAGUCAAAAGAAUUUAUGAAACAUUUGAAAAUAGGUAUAAAAUUCAGAUAUGUAGGAAAAUAGUUAAGAUAACACUACUACCUAUAUGAGAUUGAUAACAAUUAAAUAAAAAAUUACUAUCUAUUUGGUGGCAAUUAAAUAACUUAAUAAUAAAUCCUUAAUUCACCAGUUCUCAAAUUUGUUUUGAUUUGAAAGAAAUGUGAAUUUGCAUGGGUUUGCAACUCAAAACAGGACUGUGGCUUGAUUGUGUAGCGAGUUUAGGAAAAAUUAAUAAUAUGACUUUAUUUUCUUGUGUAAUUUUAUUUUUACAAAAUAAAUAUUAAUUUCUGAAAAUACUGAUUAUAGUAUUAAAUUUAUUAUUAUCACAGUUAACUAUUUUAUUUUAUUUAAUGUUUAUAUCGCUGAAGAAAUAGAAAUUUUUAAUUUUUAUUUUUAUUGGUAACUAAGUAUGAUUGAGUUUCAUAUAAGUUUAUACUAAAAAAUUUAAGGUUGCAAUGAAAAAAAAUUUGAAAAUAACUGCCUUAAUUAAUAUUUUAUUUUUUUUUUAUAUAUAUAUAUUUUCUUGAAAAUUAUUAUAUAAAAUAUGUAAAAUUGUUGUGUUUGAUUUAAAUUUUAAUUAAAAUCUAAUUACCAUAGAUAUUAGAUUGUCUAUGAAGUACCUUAAUAUUUCAUAAAGUGAUUAAAUUUGUUACUUUUGUUUUAAAUUUAUAAUUUCUAUUAAAAUUGUUCUUGUUUUUAAUUAAGUAAUACGUUUUUUUUUUUUUUAGCUUACAUGAGUUCACCUUGUCAUAUUGAAGUAAUUCUUGCUGAAAAACAAAAGUUUGUUGCUAAAGUUCCCAAGGAUGAAGCUGAAAAGAAAAAAGUAUCCAAAAAGAAGUUAGCUAGACAAAAGGAGAAAUUAAUGCAUGAAUAGUUAUUAUUUAAUAUAUGACAAAUAUAAAAUAUUAAAAAUAUAAAGUUGUUUUUUUUUUAUAUAAUGUCAAAUUUUAUACUUGUUCCAAACAUUUUAAGCCAACUUAAAAAUUAUGAAUUAAAAAGCUUGAAUGAAAAAACUAUUCCUUUAAUUAAAGGUAUCUGAUAAUAGUUAUAAUUAACAAAAAUAAACUUUAUCCAUAAUUAUUAAUGCAAUCAUUGCUUGGUUCAAGCACAGUUAAAUGUAAUAUUUCUCUUUACCAAGAUUGUUAUUUAUAAAAUUAAAUGUGGGUUUUAAAUAGGUUCUAUAUUCUUUCUAAAUUUAUACUACUAUAAGACCUAAAAAUGUGUUGCAUUGUUACUCAUAAUGAAUAGUUAAAUAAAAAAAAUGUUUUAACCCUACUUGUAUAAUAUAGAUAGUGGGUAUUGUAACGAGCUAAGUUAUGUUGAAAAAUUAUAAUUCCAUUAUUAAUUAAAAUUAAUUAGAAUCUGGUAA